AUGGAUGACUGUCUCAUCGAUACAUUGCUGGAUGUAGUUGCGAACGGCUGCAAGAGUGCGAACGGAUUUAAGAAGGAAAUGUAUAAAAUAGUUGUGGAAAGUGUCAGAAGGGCACUAGGGAUAUCAGUUAUGGAGAAGCAUGUUAGCAAUCGCCUACGAACACUAAAGAGGUUGUAUUUUGAGGUUCGAGACACCCUGAAUGCAAGUUGGUUCGGUUGGGAUGACGACAAGAAGUUAGUUACCACGUCAGAUGACGUAUGGGAUGAUUACAUAUGGUCACAUCCCUAUGCCCAACAUGUUCGUGGAAAACCGGUAAGAAGGUAUGAUGACUUCGUGUUCUUAUUUGGAAGUAAUCGAGCUACUGGACUUCGUGCUACGACUGGAAAUAUGUAUACCCAAAGUGGUAUGAGAAAGUCUUGUGAUGAUGAUGUUACACUGACUGCAUCAGUUGAUCUUAAUGACGACACACUUGUUCUGUCAAGUGACGAUAUGCCUAAAAAGCUGUACGUUGUCUUCAAAGGGCGUCGUCCCGGCAUUUACCACAACUGGGAGGAAUGCCGUCAGCAGGUGGACGGGUAUUCCUGUGCCCGCUUCUGUGGAUACAAAUCCAUGAAAGAGGCAUUAGUUUAG